CAACCAACCUGAAAUAUAAUCGAGAUCUACGCGAUUCCCUUCGUUUGACCCCUAACCAUUCUGCGUGCCUGCUUCCAGAUACACGACAUUCAUAUCCGAUCUCGUACCUUCACAAUGGCAGGUGACGAUGAUUCCAGGAGCGCGAGAGCCAAAGCCAAAGCCAACGAGCUACUGGCAUACGGACAGCGCCAUGUCGACCGAGUCGUUAGCCCGCCCACACGACAGAAGGCCUACGAUCGGGUUCACGAUUUCGCAACCGACAAACCUAUCUUAUUUUCCUUCGUCGCCUUUCAAUUCACCCUUUCGCUUGCGCCUAUUCUCCUCUUCGCAGGCUUCGCCAUGACCACCAUCGCCUUUUCAUUAAUAUCCGCCGUGAUCUUCUCGCUCUUCUGGAUCGGCGUCGCCACACUCUUCCUCGUGCCGACCCUCUUUAUCACCUUCAGCAUCGCCCUGCUUCUCUGGGCCUGGGCAGCUGCCACCUUUUUUGCCGGACGUUGGGCCUACGAAAGGCUUCCGCUUGGCUUUGACGGCGACGGCAAGAUAGUGGCCAAUAACAGCGGGAAGAAAAUCAUCUUCGAAAAAAAGGAUGGUGAUCACACUGAUUUCAGCAUCAAAGCUGAGGCAGCCGAGGUCAAGGAAUAGUUUGCCGGCGAGGUCGUGUGGAUUGUG